AUGGGCAGACUAUUUUUAGGUCUCAAAAAAACAAAAGAAUCUUCAGGUUCAUUGAAAAAAGUCAAAAGUCAAAAUGAAGCAAAAGACAAGUUGGAGAAGUCCAGGAGGAAACCAUGUUUGAAAUCAGAUACCAGGAUAGGGCGACCUUGCAAAGGUAAACCCGUUAGUUAUUCGCCACUAGCAGACGAUAUCAUGUUGACCUCUAAAUAUAAGAAAAUGGAGGAAAAGUUGAAGAAAGUUAAAAGCGAUUUGGUACUUUUAAUGGAUCAAAUAUACACAAAGCUGGCCACACCCGAAGGGGAGGCUGAAAUCUUGGACCAGAUAAGUAAAGCUAUUAAAAAGAGGAAAUUGUCACCAUCUCUAUUGAACAUAAUUUUAAAUACUGACUUGAGAAAAAGAAGAAGUGCAAUUCGUGUGAUAUCAAUGAAAAAAAGUGAGAUUUUACUCAAACUGGGUAGCGAUGAGGGUAUUGAGGAAAUUAUCCAGCAAAUAUCUAAAGCUAUCAAAUUAGGUCGCAUAUCUCCAUACCUCAUAGAAAUGUUGAUAAAUAAGGGAAAAACAAAUAAAUUUUUGAAAAUUUUGGAUAGCCAAAGAUCACUGAAACAAGAAGUAAGUAGGAAACUUGGUACGACUACUGGUGAAUUGAAAAUCAUUAAAGACGUCGGUAGAGCUAUAAAACAUGGUCAAGUGUCACCGUCAACAAUAGUAACAAUAGUAAAUAAAUGUCAAGAAGUACCUUUAUUCAAAAGAUUAUCCAUAAAAAGAAUCGGACAAAGACAAAGACCUAUGACUAAAAAUGAAAUACUAGCCAAAUUGGGUACAAAAGAUGGUAAAUCGGAAAUUCUGAACGAAAUUGAUAAAGGUAAGUACGAAUUAUGA